UACUAUAUGUCAUUGGUUAGUUGCAGAUACCGGAUCCAAUCACAGGCAUCGUAACUGUUCACGCGAGUUCUAAGCUGUUCGAUCGCUGGAUUAAUAUCUAUUUUUGAGAGUAUAAAUAUUUGGAUCUUCGGAUUUUACCAAACGAGUAACGUACAGGAAAAGUAACUUUAUUUUUCCACUGAGGUUUAACCUCACAAUCCUUGAACUGAAAAUAGCGACCUUAGUAAUAUUUGAAUGUUGUUAUCAGUAAUGUAGUGACUGGUUCAUUAGUCAGGCGACCAUCUUAGAUUUCUAUUUUAGGGCGGAUAAAAUACCGAAAAAUCUAAACGAACGCACGCAGUAAAAUGGCAACAGUGAAGGCAUCGAAAACAGUGGAAAUUAUGUCAGGGAAUAAACAUAACUUACAGGAAGAGAAAAACGGCGUAAAACCAGAUGGAAAUGGACGAGUGAACGGUCGAAAUGGAUCAAGCAGUUAUAAAUCGAAGAAAAAUUGGAAAGAUAAUUUUUAUGAAUCAUUUGAAGAAACCCCGCUACUUACAGCCAUUUUAACUGUGAUGUGUUAUGGUAUACUAGUUCUAGUUGGUCAUAUCAGAGAAUAUUUACGAUUUUAUUCCAUAGAGCAGAACAAGGGGCACACAGAACCUAAAAUAGAGGGUUUUGUUCCACUAUUUCAAAGUUGGGAGAGUUUUUAUACACGAAAUGUUUACAGAAGAAUUAGAGAUUGUUGGAAUCGACCUGUUGCUAGUUCAGCUGGUGCUUAUAUAGAUGUGCUAGAAUGUAAAUCAGAUGAUCAUAACUGGAGUUUAGAGCUGACAGAAAAAAAAUAUCAUGUUAUGAACUUUGGUUCAUAUAAUUAUUUGGGUUUCUCUGAAACAAGCGGACCCUGUGCAGAUUCAGCAGAACAGUGUGUUAGAGAGACGUCGUUAUCUGUCAGUAACAGUCGGCAGGAAUUAGGUUAUACAACAGUACAUCAAGAAUUAGAUAGAAAAGUGGCCAAGUUUUUGGGAGUUGAAGAUGCCAUCACUUUUCCUAUGGGAUUUGCAACUAAUUCCAUGAAUAUGCCAUGCUUAGUUGGAAAGGGUUGUUUAUUAUUAAGUGAUGAAUUAAAUCACGCAUCGCUAGUUCUUGGUUCCAGAUUAACAGGUUCUACAAUCAGAGUUUUUAAACAUAAUAACAUGGUAGAUCUGGAGAAAAAGUUAAAAGCUGCACUAAUUGAGGGUCGUCCACGAAAUCAUCGACCAUGGAAGAAAAUAUUGAUAGUAGUUGAAGGUGUUUAUAGUAUGGAAGGGUCAAUUGUUCGUCUACCAGAAAUUCUACUACUAAAGAAGAAGUAUAAAGCUUACGUAUAUUUAGAUGAAGCUCACAGUAUCGGAGCUCUUGGUCCACAUGGUCGAGGUGUUACAGAUUAUUUUGGUAUCGAUCCUAAUGAAGUUGAUAUUAUGAUGGGAACGUUUACAAAAAGUUUUGGAGCUGCUGGGGGAUACUUAGCAGGUAGUAAGGCUCUGAUUCGCCAUUUUCGCCUUCAUUCCCACAGUUCCAUUUAUUCAGCAGCAGUGCCGCCACCUAUAGCUAAACAGGUUAUAUCAGUUAUAGAUAUUAUAUCAGGAAUUGAUGGAACCAAAAAAGGUAUUGAGCGUAUAAAUAAAUUAGCUUGGAAUACGAUCAUACUUGUUUUAGAAUAA